AUGAAGCUGAUGAGUAUGAACGACGGUUUGAGAAUUUUAAGGCGAAAUACAAAGGAUGUGAUCAAAGAAGUAAUGAAUCAGAGACUCUGUAUGGGUUGCUGGGCCUUCUCUAUCGUUGGGGCUAUAGAGUCUAUGUCUGUCAUACAAAAAAUUGAUAACGAGCACCGAAGCAUACAGGAGCUACUGGACUGUUCGAAAUACAACGAGGGAUGCGAUGGGGGAAGCGUCAUAACUGCAAUGCACUACAUAUGCCACAAACAGAUGCCGUUCGUUACCGAUCAGCAGUAUCCGCUGACGUUGGCAGCCAUCCGAGUCUGCAAAUUGCCUGAUAACUCUACUGGCCGACGGGUUCGGGAAUUCGCAUAUCAAUGCGACUUAGAUGAACAUAUAAUGGUUAGGCAAGUGGCCAACCACGGACCGCUGGUGGUAGCCGUGGAUGCUACCAACUGGCAGAACUACAUCGGAGGUGUUAUACAGAGGGCUUGCUGGUACGUGAGUCCGAUGCUGACUAUAGAAACAGAAGACUUUGGGGUGUAUAAGGGGAAGACUGUAAAGAAAAUAACUUGGCGGAUCAGUGGAGGGGCCGAGGUUUCUGUCAUAUCCUAUGGGGCUAUAGUCCAGUCGUUAAAGGUUCCAGAUAAGUUUGGGGUCAAAAAAGACAUUGUUCUGGGUUUUGAUGACCUUGAGAGCUACGUGAAGAGGAACACUCCAUACCUUGGGGCUACCAUCGGCAGGUGUGCCAACCGCAUUGGGAAGGCAUCCUUUGAAAUAGAUGGGAAGACUUAUAACGUAGCGCAGAAUAUUGGAAAAGACCACCUUCAUGGAGGCAUCGUUGGGUUUGAUAAGGUUGUAUGGGAGACUACUUUACUGGGUAACAAAGUUGUAUUUACCUACUACUCCAAGGAUUUGGAAGAAGGUUAUCCUGGGGAUCUGAUCACCAGCGUUACUUACGAAGUGACAGAUGAUAACAAGUUAAACGUCGAGUUCAAAGCUACAACUACGAAGAAAACUGUUGUUAACCUAACUAAUCAUUCGUAUUUCAACUUGGCUGGUCACGAUGCUGGCGCCCAAGAGUUAUACAAUCAUAAGGUCAUCAUAAAUGCUGAUAAGAUUACCGAAACGGAUUCCAACUCCAUCCCAACUGGUGCAUUUAAAAUGGUUAAGGAUACACCAUUCGACUUCUCGCUGUCCAAGAAGUUGGGUGAUGCCAUGUCAGCAGGACAGAAUCUAUUUGACGACAACUAUUGCGUCAUUAGCUACGGCCCUUCGAUCUUAACCUUCGUGGCAGCGGUCAGCCAUCCAUCCACGGGCCGUUUCCUCGAAGUGUACAGCAACCAACCAGGAGUUCAGUUUUACACUGCCAAUUUCUUACCGUCUCCUGCAGAACCAGCUUUAGUUGGCAAAAGUGGCGCUGGUUACAGACGUCAUGGUGCUUUCUGUCUUGAAACCCAAACCUACCCAGAUGCCGUUCAUCAUUCCAAUUUCCCCACCAGCAUCUUAAUCCCUGGUGAUGAGUAUAAUCACCGCGUUGUCUACAGUUUUGGUUUUCUUAAUGAAGAUAAGGAUUUUGAAGCGCCUACCGUCACGCCAGUUUAGUCGAUUCUUUAAAAAAUCAGUCCAGGA